ACUGUUUAUUCUCUGCGAUCCUGUUUUACCGAUAAGUGAUAAGUAAUAAGCACUCUUGCUUACUCCCAUUUGCGGUCUUGCAUUUUUUCGUUAUAGUGCAAGAAAGAGGGAGAGCUCUCCUUCAUCUCAUCCGCCAAUCGCAUCUCCAAAGCAAAGUCAACAACCUUGAGGUUGAGGAUGGCUCACUCUCACUCUGCCCAAGACCCAGUGAUUGAGCAGCAGAGAGUGAUAAUUCCGAGCAAGCAUGGAGAAAAGCUGGUGGGAUUGUUGCAUGAAACUGGGUCUAAAGAGAUUGUUAUCUUAUGCCAUGGUUUUAGAUCCAGAAAGGACUACAAUACUAUGGUGAACCUUGCUGCUGCUUUAGAGAAAGAAGGAAUCAGUGUCUUUCGUUUUGACUUUGCUGGAAAUGGAGAGAGUGAAGGAUCAUUUCAGUAUGGUAACUAUUCCCGAGAAGCUGAUGAUUUACAUGCUGUAAUUCAACACUUUUCUGGGGAAAAUCGUGUGGUAAGUGCGAUUGUUGGGCAUAGCAAAGGAGGUAAUAUGGUGCUUCUCUAUGCUUCUAAAUAUCGAGAUAUCCAUAUACUUGUCAAUGUUUCUGGCCGUUAUGAUUUGAAUAGAGGCAUUGCUGAACGCUUGGGAGAGGACUUUAUGCAAAUAAUUAAGAAGGAUGGAUAUAUUGAUGUUAAGAAUAAGACAGGAGGUGUUGAAUACCGUGUGACUGAGGAAAGUUUAAUGGAACGCUUAAGAACAGAUAUGCAUGAAGCUUGCCUUAAGAUUGACAAAGAAUGUCGGGUCUUGACAGUCCAUGGAUCUGCUGAUGAGAUAAUUCCCAUUGAGGAUGCAUUGGAGUUUGCCAAGAUCAUACCUAAUCACAAGUUACACAUCGUGGAAGGAGCCAAUCAUGGAUACACCUCACAUCAAACUGAGUUGGCAUCCGUUGUUGUGAACUUUAUAAAGACAGUCUUAGAGCAAGACAAGGUUGCCCCGUAGUAGGCAGUUUAUGUGAUCAAUGGAUAAGCUUUUCAUUUCAACUUUGAUGUUGAGCAUUUAAACUUUUCUUCUCACAAUAAAAGCGCAAUACAGGUCACUGAUGGAAUGUUCCAGCAUUGUAAGCCCUGCAGCUGUAAUUGAUCUCAGUUGACUAGGGAAAUAUUACAAGGACUUGACCACUCUUAAUAAUUUGAUUAAGUUUCAUGAAA